AUGGCCAAGCCGAGUCUUGGGUCGCAGACGCUGACCCAGAGAAUCCAUGGUCUACCGGCGUCUACCGGUGAUCAGGAUGACACGUGGGCCGAGGCUUCUGCAGAUUCAGAUCCCAAGAAUCCGUGGCCUGCUGAUGAAGGCUGGGAUAACACGUGGGAUUUCCCGGACCCCACCAACGACGAGAUCUACGAGAGCUUCAUCGAGACCAUGGGCGUCGACUUGGACGAGGAGGCUCGACUGCACACGCCUAGCUUCCGCACAAACAAUACAAUUGCCGUUGAUUUGGUGCAGGAGCAACCUGAGCAACCCGGCGACGGGCAGAAUGAUGAUUUGGUCAAUCACGACAUGCAGGAGGCCAAGGAGGCGCAUGCCACCGAAUCGAGUGAUCCACAUGCAUAUGCGCAUGCAGGUUAG